CUAUCAAAACACUCUUCAGGUUUUUCAUCUCUGCAAUUCCAGAAUCCAGACCAACCAUGGAAGCCAAAAUCUUUUCCUCUUUUGCCCUUCCAUCUGAAUCUCCCAACACCCAGCAAAAACAUUUUCAUCCCCAAAAUGCCCCUGAUUUCAACUCCAUUUUUCACCAUUUCAUCAACCUUUUACCCCUCCAAAAUCCCACUUCUUCCCAAAAUGCCCCUAACAAAUGCAAGAAGCAUACCACCACCACCACCACUCUCAAUUUCUCUUCUGUUUCUCUCUCCAUUGAAACCCAACAAAGCCCACAAAACCCAACAAAACCCACAUCUCAGAAAUUUCUAAAAUUCCCUCCUUUGCCCUUCCCAAAUAUCCAGUCUUCCCAAAAUGCCCCUACCAAGUGCAGGGAAGAUAACACCACCACCACUACCCCCUUCAAUUUCUUUUCGAAUUCUAUCCCCAUUGAAUCCCAACAUAACCCAACAAAAUCCGCCUCUCAGAAAUAUCUGAAAAUCCCCUUUUUGCCCUUCCCAAACUUCUCAUCUUCCCGAAAUGCCCCUACCAACUGCAUGGAAGAGAACACCACCACCACCCCCCUCAGUUUCCCUUCCAUCUCUCUCCCCAUUGAAAUCCAACACAACCCAACAAAACCCACAUCUCAGAAAUUUCUGAAACUCCCCCUUUUGCUCUUACCAAACUUCCCAUCUUCCCAAAAUGCCCCCACCAAAUGCAGGAAUCAGCUCAAUUUCUGCUCCACUUCUCUCUCAGUUGAAACUGAGGAAAGCCCGAUAAAAUCCACACCCCAAAAAUUGCUAAAACGCCCUUCGGCAACGAAAACUAGCAUCAAAAUGCAGUACCAGGGCCUCAUGAAGAGCCUUUCGGUACUCGAGAAAUCCAUCAUCGGUGCCAUGGCCGGUGGCAUUGCCGGGGCCUUCACCUAUGUCUGCCUCCACCCGCUCGACACUGUUAAGACCAAACUCCAAACCAAGGGCGCCUCCCGGAUUUACAGCUCUGCCCUCGAUGCUGCCGUCAAGACCUUCCAGUCACAAGGGAUCCUUGGCUUCUACAGCGGCGUCUCCGCCGUCAUCGUGGGGUCCACCUUCUCCUCUGCCAUCUACUUCGGCACCUGUGAGUUCGGUAAGUCCGUCCUGUCCAAAUUACCAAACUACCCGCCGCUUCUCAUCCCCCCUACUGCUGGGGCAAUGGGCAAUAUUGUCUCUUCUGCGAUCAUGGUCCCGAAGGAGCUGGUCACUCAGCGGAUGCAGGCAGGAUCUGUCACUGGGCGGUCUUGGCAAGUCCUGUUGAGAAUUUUGGAGAAAGAUGGAAUCUUGGGUCUUUAUGCUGGAUAUUCAGCGACAUUGCUUCGCAAUUUGCCUGCUGGAGUUUUGAGCUAUUCGUCAUUUGAGUACUUGAAAUCCGCUGUCUUGAGUAGAACUGGCCAAGCUCAUCUCGAGCCGAUCCAGAGCGUCUGCUGUGGAGCUCUUGCUGGCGCGAUCUCGGCCACUGCAACGCCAUUGGAUGUGGUGAAGACCCGUCUGAUGACUCAGGGAGAUGUGGCGAAGAGUAAGAUUGUGGCGUCAGUGUACGGGGGGGUUUCUACAAUGAUAAGGCAGAUUCUGAAGGAAGAAGGCUGGGUUGGGCUGACCCGAGGGAUGGGUCCCCGGGUCCUUCACAGCGCGUGUUUUGCCGCAUUGGGUUAUUUCGCAUUUGAGACUGCGAGGCUUACAUUGUUGCACCAGUAUGUCUUACGGCGUAAGAUUGAGACGGAGACAGUUGGUGCUUGUUUGUGAGCUGUGAGCUUAUCAUGGUUUUGACUGAUGGUGUUGAAGAAGGAAUCCCAUCAAUUGUCCAUCAAAGAUUCAACAAGCAGGUUGUGAAGGACCCGCAGCAAAACAUGUGCUAUGAAGGACCUGUGAUGCCUUGAGUCAGCCUGAACCACCCUUCUUUUGAUUGAUGGUUUCUUAGCAGAUGGAAGAGAACUGACUCUUCGGUAUAUUUGUAACUGAAUUUGUGUUGUCUUGCUGUAAGACUAUGAUUUUGCUUUUUGACUAUGAAUUUCCCAGUCAUUAGAUACGAAUCAACUGUAUGAUAGAAAUGAGCCUUUUUAGCUCUUUAUAACAUGAUUUUUAAUUAA